CGUCACUGUCAAAGUUUGAAAUGUCGCAAAAUUUUUAUUGCCCAUCUACCUCAGUAAAAAAAAACUAAUUUUAUAAUGUUACUUAAUAAUAAAUAGAAAAAUCGACGUUCUGCAUGACUAUGCCGGACAUAUCUCGGUUACAAAAUCAAAUACCGGUAUAUAUAUGUUGUUCAAAAGUGUAUGCAAGUCUGUCAUUUUAGGUGUACCGAUAGGUAUAACCUUUCUUGACACUGUGGGCUAUGUGGCCAGAGUGGAAGGCAUAUCCAUGCAGCCGGUACUCAACCCGGAUUCCAAAAACACCGACUAUGUAUUCCUGUCGCGGUGGUCAGUCAGAGACUAUAGCGUGCGGAGGGGUGACGUGAUAUCGUUAGUGUCUCCGAAAGAUCCCAACCAGAAGAUAAUAAAACGCAUCGUUGGCUUGCCGGGAGACGUUGUGAUUACUAUGGGCUACAAAUCGCAGUACGUGAGGGUUCCUGAAGGUCACUGCUGGGUGGAAGGCGAUCACACAGGCCACACACUGGACAGCAACACUUUUGGGCCCGUUUCCUUAGGCUUAGUGAACGCCAGAGCGGCAUACAUCGUCUGGCCACCGAGUAGAUGGCAAAAACUAGAAGCUAAGUUGCCAGAAAACAGAAAACCCUUUGUAGAAAAAUAGUAAUUUUAAUAAGAAAUAGUAAUAGAUAAACACAUCCUAGUUAAUUUUGAUGGCAUCUCACUGUGUGAAAAUUAGUAAUGUAAUUAUCAUUAGUUAUAUUUAUUGCUAAAACUGUAAAUAUUAUAUAAGACCACAAUCUUAGAUUGUUGUUCUGACAACUCGAAAAAUGUAUCUCAAGCAAAGUCUUUGAUUUUCUCUCAUUAUAUGAUACCAUGUACUUACUUCCUAAUACUGCCAUUAAUGUUUAAAAAAAUGUAAAUUUCAUCAUUGAAGUAUGUAAAAAUGAAUUUAUAUGAUGAGUUUAAUGACUAUUAGCCAAAAUUUUAUUUUAUAAGAAUGAAAUGCUUGUUCUUGUUAUAGUUCAGAGUAAACUUGUUAAAUUAA